CUGCAAUAAUGUCUUGGUCAAGAAUUCUAAUGCUGUGCUGGGAAAUAGCACUGUGCAUAUCGGCGAUUAAAGGAGGACUACCAACGUUAUGGCCCGCUGGACUAUACGGUUUGCCUCAAGCAAAAUCCGGCUGUCCAGACACCUCAAUGUACUUCUCAUGGUCCACAGGGACACUACACCAGGCCCUUGGUCCUCACAGCUCCAUCCUCCCCGCCGAUUCUCAUUUAAAGGCAAAAGUAACAAACCAAGGCGUCGAAAGAUCAUUUUGUUUUAAAAAUUCAACAUCUAUGGACAGCAUGAGACCUGUUUGGCCAUCAGGCAGUUAUUGUAUAUACAUGAAUUCGAACAAUUGUCCACUAGGACUUAAGAAAGGGUAUUUAAUGUGGACUCAGGCUUUCGGCCAAGGGAACAAUUAUCAGACAGGAGACGUGCCAAAGGGACACUAUAAUACAACGUCUACCAAGAUAUAUUAUUGCUGCAGGACGAGCGGGUAUUCCUCUACUCCGAUAGUUCUGCCGAUAACAUCGCCGUUUCUAUUGCUUACAAGUUCAAAGRAUCAUCUCUGUCAAAAUGUUCGACAAACAAUUCAUAGACGAGAGUCUAUAGGUUACGACGUCAAUGAGACCAGUUUGUUUACAACAGCUACGCCCCAUCCAUACUACACGAAGGGAAACAAUGUCAUGUCUAUAAAUUAUUGCUAUUAUCAAGCUUGCCAAUGGACGUACAAUGAGCUGUCAGGAACCAUUACAUCUCCUUUCUACCCUAAUAACUAUAAAAACCAUCUUGAUUGUCAAUGGACCAUUCAAGUGCCAAAGAACUAUCAYAUCACAUUGUAUUUUCACGUCUUUGUCCUCGAAUCUUCGUUAUCCUGCAAUCUAGCCUGCACCUGCGAUAAACUUGAAGUGACGUUUAAAUCCGAAGGAUAUACUUCCGCAGUCACAAAUAAAUACUGUGAGAAACUCAUUCAUUAUCCUCCUAACAAACUAAGCACGUAUUCUAACAUGGUAGUGUUGAACUUUCAUUCUGAUGGAAACAUUAUUGCAMAGGGAUUCAAGAUAUCGUAUGCGUCUUUUCGCGUCGCUGAAGAUACSACAACGACUACUGCUGCACCAACAACUAGCGUAAACGUAACCACAACAUUGUCAACGAAUAACACAAGCAAAGCAACAACAACAGCGACAACUAUUGCAAGUACAACUGCAAGUACGAGUUCAUUCAUGUCCAGUACACCGAAAGAAAGUUCGACGACUGGAUCUUUUUCCGAGCAAUAUGUCCAUCUUUCAACUGRUCAUGUUGCCGCUGUGACUCGCAAAGAUAAGMGGGAAGGCUCAAGUUAUCUCAAGGCACUGGCUAUUGCCGUURGUGCGUSCGURGUKUKUCUUGCAUURUGUGGCGUWGGAUUCCUAGUUUAUUGCAGAAGGAACAAAGGCAAGACAACUCCUMACAGCUGGCUUAACAUCAGAUAUAGYCGUGAUUCGACUAAAAUGAGAACGUCUACUUUGAGUACAAGCACUAUUGAUAUGUAUGGCGGCGAUGAUGUAGAGAUUAUACCAGAACAAAAAGAAAGCGACAACCCUAUUUACUCAUCAGCCAAUGUUUACAUAAAGUGCAACGAUCUACAAAAGAAAUACCGAGAAGAAACGUCUGAAAACACUCUAUACGCGUCUCCAUACGACCUAAAAUCCAACAAUCCAAUAUACGACAAUAUGCAAAGUGACAACAUCUCUGAUGACAGGAAAACUGAAAAUCCACUUUACGACAGGAUUCUCUGAAUCAAGGUCGAGAAUCAAGGAUUCACUACUUGUAUUGAGGAAGAUCGCCAGCGGAAAUAAACGGUGGUGGACUGCUGGUGCUGGCAUACUGUGAAAAACAUCAAAUAAGUUUAAAUAAAGAAUUCUCUAAUGUAUAUGUCAAGGAUACUKUUAUUUUGUAAAGAAAUAAAUUCAAUAAAAAAGUAAAGGUUUCA